AUUUUUCCAGUCUCAACACGAUGAAGACUCUGCUGCUGGACGAGCUCAUGCUUUUAUACGGACAUGUUUGUGAUGAUAAAAUAUUCACCCUCCAUUGUGCUGCUACUUAUAGCCGCAAUGUGUGUUGUUCAGAUGUCAGACGAGUUGUAACUUGUGAAAGGCUUUCAGUCAAGCUUUUUGUAUAGCAAUAGUUAAUUCAAUUAUAACCCUAACCACACUUCAGACCGGUCUUAUUAAGCUAAUAUACUAUCUUUUUGUGUCAGCCAAACUUCAAGAGCAGAACGAGCGUGUCUUUCGUCACUAGAACACGUCCCAUCAUUGGCAGGAUGUUUUUGUUCUUCAUCAUUUAUUACACCAUCCACUGACAUGCACUGCCGUUUGGAUUGGCAUUCCGGAAAUGCACAUCGACACGUCAUCGUUAAUGGUACUAAAUUGCAUUACUAAUGCAGCGCUCAUCAAAGAAAUAUCGCCUCCCGCUGUACACAUAUGCAAAAGGGGAGAAUCCUAUAAAUAUGGUUUGUUGCUUGAUUACACCUAAUCAAACGUUGCAUUAAAACAUUCCCAAUUGGUGUCGAGGAGCAUUGUGAACGAGAAAAUGAACCUUAAACAAGUGUACCGAACCGUGUGUGAAACGUUCCGUUCUGCUGUUCAGAGUUUUUGUGAAAAUACUACUCUGCAUGGUUUGAGAUACGUUUACGGUGGUGAUCGAACGGAUGCCUCACGUAAUGGUGGAAUGUUGAGAAUGAUUUGGUUGCUGGCGUGUAUGGUUUGUAUCGGCUUUACGAUGAUCAUGGGCAUGAUUGCUUGGAUGCGUUUCCGCACUACACCGACGAUCACAACGAUCGAAACGAUGACGUAUCCGAUCUGGAAUAUACCUUUUCCUGCGGUCACGGUGUGCAAUAUCAACAAGAUAGACACCCGGAAGGCUGCUCCAAUCAUCGAUCGGUUUUCUGACUAUGAAGGGGCUCCACAAUUGAUUCGUUGCAGAGUACAGGAGUAUGGCUUGAGUGAAGCAAACGCCACGGGUUUACUAAUUGCCCAAGCAAGUCUGGUUAACUUUGAAGCUGUGAACUCAACCUAUCUUGAGCUAGAAAUGUUUCUAGGACGUUUGGGAUGGAAUCCGAACAAAUUGCUGCUCGAGCUAAGUCAACCCUGCGAGGAGCUCAUCAAGGUUUGUUACUGGCUUGGUUCGGAGAUACCCUGUCCGAAAGUUAUUCACCGUACAAGAACAGACAAUGGUUUCUGCUGUUCGUACAACGUGGACAGUACGAUGCAGUCGGUUCCGCUGCCGGAAAACCAAACCCACCCGCGGACUCCUUACCAUCCUAAACGAUUGUCAGGCGCCGGACGACACGUAGGCCUAUCCAUUCUAAUCGACGUCCAGCCGGACACGUACAUGGCACCGACCAAAUCAUACUACGGGGCUGAGGUUUACAUACACGACUCGAGCGAUUUCCCAUCGGAUGCAGACUUUGAGCAUGUGGCCCAGCCCGGCUGGGAUGUAGUAAUGUCCGUCAUACCACUACCCAUCGAGAGCAGCAACACCAUGAGUCAGGUGCCGGAAAAUAUGCGCAAAUGUUUCCUGCCGGAGGAGAGUAACGCACAGUCGAAGGAAAACUUCAAUCUAAACGUUUGUAUGGCCGAAUGUCGCCUCCGUACGAUACUGAAGCUGUGCAAUUGUAUCCCUUUCUACUAUUCGGAUUUAAGUAGGUUUCGUCGAAACAUUUCAACGCGAAGCGAGUUUGUUGAAAUAUUUCACUUUUCGCUUGCAGAUAUUACAGAAUCAAAGGAUGUGAAAAUGUGUGCCCUGAAGCAUGUCGCAUGUUUACAUUAUUUUAGAAGUAAGUGGAAGAUGUCACGUUGUCAUUUGUGGUCUUCCCAAUUUUCUUCCAACAGUGGAGGACGAAACGUAUCGAUGUAUGCGACACUCAAUGUGCACUUUAAGGACAUUUAUUGCGUUAAGUACAAGCGCGAUGCGUACAUGACGUGGGACUCGCUGGUAGCAACGUUUGGAGGAAUUUUCGGACUGUGUAUGGGCGGUUCGGUGCUCAGUAUUGUGGAGCUGAUUUACUACUUCACCAUAAAACCAUUUACCAUCUACCAGACGGGAAAGAAACGGAAACGAAUUACGCCCAAUCGGAAGAUUGUCGUACGACCCUACGUAUCACGGUACGAUGGUGUAUCUCAAUAUCCGGUGGGUUACUUUUCUCGUCGAAAUGUACUCGCAAGAGAACGAAGUGCUGGGAAGAAGCUCACCAAACCUUGUGUCCCUGUGAAGGAAGCAACUCUGGGUCACGAUCCACAAACGGACGUUAUUUCUUUCAUUUACUAAACUUCCGCUACUUCUUCGCUUGUCGAAUGCAUGUGCUUAUAUUGUGGUUUUAAUUUUUAUUUACAAAAUACCAUUAUUCGCAUAAACA